AUGUUGGUUGAAGAGGUCCCCAAAACAAGUGGCGCAAAUGCCUCAACGAUAUAUUUUAGUUCAUCUAUAAACCUCACAGCUAGGCUGAUGGGAGGGAGCAGGCAAUCGCAAAACGAGGGUGGCGAAGGACCGCCUAAUAAAAAGGGGAGAACGAAAGUCAAUUAUAACCUUAAUCAAUUAUUCAAUGCACAAACACAAGGCAAUAAUGAGAGCAAAACUAGUGGCCCCUCAAAGUCAGUUCAGCAAAUUCAGUUGGAAAAGUUGGUACAAAAGAGAUUGGUGGAGUUGAAUCAGGAAUCUUCUACCAAGGGGUUCGAGUUGCCUAAAAAUUUCGCCUACACAAGUAUCCACUCCAACAGGGAUAACCGAAGUGGUUCACAAAAAUCGAGACAGGGCAAUACUCCAUCUACAAAGAGGAUAUUGGCAGCUCGAAGAAAUUUGAAUCUGUACUAUGAAGAAGAGAGAAACUUGAUUUCAAUUAAUACGAUUCUCUCAUCAAAUUUCCAAUUUAUUGACAUCAUUGAUGGAAACAAAACUGUGGAAAGAUCAAGACCACGGGCAAAGCUUUGCUUGCAGUUUGCAAAUUUGGCCUCAGUGGCGUACUGCGUGACAAAGGGGCUUUCUACAGGUGUCUUGGGGGAUCCGGAUACACAUUGUCCAUUGAACGCAUGCAAGAACUCGAUUCUACAGGAUGUCGAGAUUGUGCGAAUUUUUGAUUUUAAUAGAUUGAAUGAGGUUGGGACGGGAUUUUACGCUUUGGACCAUCGACGAAAGACUAUUAUAUUGGUGUUUAGAGGAUCGGCAUCACGGCGUGAUUGGGUUACCGAUUUGAACUUUUUUCCAAUAAAGUACACGCCAAUUGUCUAUGACAAGGAUUUCAAGGAUGGCGAGCCAUAUAUCCAAAUGGAAUGCAAAGAUUGUAAAGUGCACCGUGGGUUUUAUAAUUUCCUCAAGGAUAAUUCAGGCGCAAUUAUCAGCGCUGGAAUCAAGAUGAAGGAGGAAUACCCCAAUUACCAAUUUUUGAUUGCUGGGCAUUCUCUAGGUGCCGCGUUCACUGUGAUGAGUGGAAUUGAAUUUAUGUUGUUGGGAUACGACCCAUUGGUUGUCACAUUUGGCGGACCCAGAGUGGGUAAUCAAGAAUUUGCUGAUUUCAUUGACACAAUUUUUGACUCUGAAGAGGUUGCAAAGGAAAUUGAAACCAGUCAUGACUUUUCUCGAGGAUUUAUAAGAGUUGUUCACAGACAUGAUAUUAUACCGUCCUUGCCUCCUACGCUAGCGCAUGCUGGCUACGAAUACUUUAUAAAUAAACGAAAUUUGCCACAUGAAGAAUCAGAUGUGGACAGAAGGGGCUUGGACCAUAGUGGCUUUUUUGGCAAGCGAGACGUUACUCUUGAAACAAGGGGCUUGAAGAAUCUCAACAUCAAACCAUCUACGUUUUGGCCGAACAAGUUGGGCAAAUUUGAGCAUACCCAUUACUUUCGAAAAAUUACAAGUUGCCAGCACUAG